GUAAUUUAACAAUUACGACCUGUUUCUCCGAAAUGUAUAAUGAUAAAAUUGUAAUAAAUCUUUUUUUGCUUGUAAAAUGACCAUAAUACUCCUUCAUAGUAGCAUCAAUAUUAUUUAAUUAAGUAAAAAAUUAAAAAAGCUAUAAACUGAGGUUUAAAGAUGAUUUUUUUUGUCUCUUAAUGGAUAAAAUAGCUUAAAAAAAACUUAAGUUAUGUGUCAAAUUUAAAAAAAAAGAACAAAUCAAAAAGAGGAAUGUGUGUUUACUGAGUUUAGCACCAUCCGCUUCCCGUCUAAAACUUCUGAACUAGACACCAAUAUGUCCUUUCCUUCUUUUCAUCUUCCCUGUCUGUCCCAGACGGUGUUUACCUCCUGUGAACUGGGUGUGUUUGAUGUGCUGUUGAAAGCAGAGCGACCCCUGUCCGCUGAGGAGAUCAGUCAGGCAGUGGGGGCCAGUCUGGAUGGCACUCAGAGGCUGCUGGCUGCCUGUGCUGGUCUGCAGCUGCUCACCGUCCACCACGACAACGGACAAGUGUCUUACAGCAACACAGAGGAGGCCAGCGUCUUCCUGACACGCUCCAGUCCUCUGUCCCUCUGCCAGUCCAUCCAGUACAGCUCCAGAACCAUCUACCUCUGCUGGCACUACCUCACGGAUGCUGUCAGGGAGGGGAAAAACCAGUAUGAAAAAGCUUUUGGAGUCAGCUCCAAAGACCUGUUUCAAGCUCUGUACAGGUCUGAUGAGGAAAUGGUGAAGUUCAUGCACUUGAUGAACUCCAUCUGGAACAUCUGUGGGAAAGAUGUGAUCACAGCUUUUGACCUUUCACCUUUUAAGGUCAUCUGUGACCUUGGAGGUUGCAGUGGAGCAUUAGCCAAACAAUGCACGUCAGUCUACCCAGAAUGCACUGUGACGAUCUUUGACCUUCCCAAGGUGGUGCGCAUGUCGCAGGAACACUUUGUUAGUGCAGCUGACCUGAGGAUCGGCUUCCGUGAGGGGGACUUCUUCAAGGACUCUCUGCCUGCAGCUGACCUCUAUAUUCUUGCCAGAAUCCUCCAUGACUGGACAGAUGAACGCUGCAUCGAGCUACUCCAGAGAAUCUAUGAAGCCUGUAAACCAGGAGGCGCUGUGCUGCUGGUGGAGGCACUGCUAAAUGAGGACGGAUCUGGCCCUCUGACAGUACAACUCUACUCCCUGAACAUGCUGGUGCAGACAGAGGGCAGAGAGAGAACAGAUGCUCAGUAUGCUGCCUUGCUGACCACUGCAGGCUUCACCAACAUCCAGCACCGCCUCACGGGGAAGAUCUAUGAUGCCGUUUUGGGCUACAAAGAGACAUGAAAUAUAGAGAGAUCUGCACUGUAGUGCAAAAUGUACCACAUUUUUGACUUUUUCUCAAUAAACUAAACAAACUGCGUCAUUAAAAUGUCUUUUCUGCUCUAAAUUGAAUCUACAGCAUUUUUAAGACAUCAAAAAAACAUAUCUAUGUUGACCUUGGUCUUUAUUUUACAGUUUCAUUUUGUAAAGAAAUAGGAAAAUCUACUUGAUGUCUUGAAUUCGUAUUAUACAAUGACCUACACUGAUUCAAAUACUUUACUGUUGCACCAUCUUAUGUAUUUCUACCUUGGUUUUAAGAGUUAUCAAACACGA